UUCAGAAGUUCACCAGACUCUGUCAGACUCUGGUCAACUUUCUCCCUGUAGAAGAUUCUUUUCUCUUUCUAAUAAACUCUGUUAAACUUUACUCACCCAGACUAUUGAUAAUUAUUUUUUUCUGCAACAAAGGCCACAGCCUGAAUCUGAGGAAGAGGAGAAGAUCAUUCAUCAGCAGAGCUAAAUCAUCAUCUUCAACAUCCACGUCCCUCCAUUUUAAAGAUGCUGACUGUGACUCUGCUUGUUUGUGGCCUGGUAGCUGUGGCCAGAACACUCGACGACAGCGUAGAGGAAGAUCCUUGUGAGAAAUAUUCUACUGACUCUUGGAUUCGGUUACAUGGCCGCAGUUACUUAUUUGUUCCAGCUAAUUUAACUUGGGCUGAAGCUGAGAAAAACUGUCGCUCCAUGCAGGCCAACCUUGUGUCAGUGCACAACGCAGAUGAGAAUGAGUUCAUUAAUGACUUGAUAAUAAUAUUCACUCACAGCAGUCCUAGAACAUGGAUUGGAGGCAGUGACUGCCAGCAGGACAACCUGUGGCUCUGGAGUGAUGGCACUGACUUUACAUUUUCACUGUGGAGUCCAGGGCAACCGGACAAUCUAAAUGGCCAAGAGGCUUGCAUACAGAUUAAUCCUGGAGAAAUCAGUCAGUGGGAUGAUACGAGCUGUUCUGAUCUCCUCCCUUCAAUCUGUGCUAAGACCUGUAAAACUCGCUGAGCUGACACAGAGGCCUGCUGCAUCUGAAUAACCUUUUAGCUUCUUAUGUAUCCGUAGAUUGAACUCUCUACUUCUACAAAACGCUGCUGAAGGUGCAAUUCACAUAAACACGGUUUGUUCUGCUGAGCGGAGGCUGAAUGUGUUCUUAUAAAAAAUAUAUAAAUUUGAUAUGAAAUGUAAAAAUAACUGUGAUGCACAUUAAACUAUCAAAUGUAUAGCUGUUCUGCUUCAUUACAUCAAUUUCCCAUGUGCUGGUGUUCUUUUUAUGAGACAGAAAGGUCAUUUAAUCAAGAUGUCCCAGUUCAGAAAUUUAUCAGAAUUACUCGCGGUUUAUUAUUAUCUGUAUACUAUUAUGACAACAACUGGAAAACUCAACCUAUGUGACAGAACUGUUAUAGGAACCAUUCAUAGAUAGGCUUUUAUGCUUUGUAAACUGGCUUGAAUGAACACAGUUAUUAAACUGGACUAAUGUGGA